AAACCAAAAAAUGUGUUGAAAAAAAGAAAGGUAAGAAAAAAAAUGAUUUGGGAAUAGAGAGAUUUUAUAGUUAGACCUGAAAACUGAAAAAGCCUCCGGCGGCUGAGAGAGGAGAAUCAUGGAGGAUCAUCAUCAUCUUCCCGAUACUUUGAAACCCUUCUUUCACAGAGCCACUGAAGCCCAGGAGCGAUUGGUCAAGCUUGAAGCUGCUCUUGCGUCGACCAAUACAGACAUUCCGGAUGCUAAGCUUGUUGAGGAAACUGCCCAAAUUCAGUCAAAGCUCGAAGAAGCUAACGCCACGGUGAUGCAAGAACAGAAGAAGGUGAAAGAGCUGACCAUUGAAAACGAUAAGCAAAGGUACCGUAUAUUGCAUCUUCUGCGGGCGCUAAAGGAUGCUGAUGAGAAGCUUGAGAAACUCUCUAAAUGAUUUCUUUCUUCAUUCUUCUCUUGUUGUGAUUCCUUUUCUUUUAACAUCCUUACUGAGGAAAGCAUCUGUCUGUGCUCAGUAAUAUUAUUUAACUGACGAGAUAUCAUAAAGGAUUCAUUUUUCCUACUCGUA